AUGCUAAUUGGGAAAGACUUGAGGAAUAUAUCUGGGUGGAGUACUCCGAUUCGAGAUGAUCAGAAUAUUCAAGUUGGAUCUUCUUCUUCAAGUACAGUAAAUGAUACGGAUUGGGAGAGAUUGUUGCCGCCUGAUUAUGAGGACAUCAUCUCCAGAUCCGUGAAUCCUGUGGCAUAUGCAACCAAGGAAGAUCUUUAUACGAGUCUUGUAGCUCACCUAUUUUACUUGAUGGAGGCAAAAUGGAAAUUGACACCUCACGUAGGCUCCAGAUUCUCAAUGGUGGCAGAACUCAGAGAUAUUUGGGCGCUCGAUAUCCAAGGGAAGAUAGAAACACAAAUGUUGUCCCCAAACACUCGUUACGCAGCUUUUCUCGUAUAUAGAUUAGAAAAGGAUUUCGAGGGACCUUCAACCAGUUCAAGGGAUUAUCAAGUUUGUUAA